AGUGGAGAAGCUGUCAGGUACCGCGAGGUAAAUGAGAGGGCUGAUGUGGUUUGUUGGAGUGGAUUUGUCUUCGCUUGGGACGCGGUAGCGGAUUCCAAGCCGAGUAAAAAUAAAAAAUGGCGACGGUGAGGGGCGCGCGCAAUAGGACAGCGGGUGGAGGAGCGCGGUGCAGGUACAGAUUACAGGAGCGCAAGGAGAGAGAUGACGGGAAGGGAAAAAAAAGUUGGGGGUUGGAGGAGAGAUCUGGUGUGGGAUGGCCCGGGGGUGAGGGGGGCUUGCGCAGCAGGCGUGGAGGAAGAGCUGUCAGUGCUGCCACAGCGGGACUUGAGUUUUGGCGAGGGAGGAAACCGCUUGGGACGUUCCAGUCAAUGGGAAGCUUUCCGGGGCACCUCAUCGGGGUGGGUGAGUGGAUGGUGGGUAAAUUACAACCCCUUACAGUAUUCGUACCGGUUGGCGCUAAGGAAAGGAUCGGAAGUGUGUGGGACAGUGCAGCUUUCCAGAACCAAACUUUUGCACGUUGGCCAGACCCCCCUGGCCAAGAUCGCGAGAUGGACCAAAGGAAGAUAUUUACGGACGCUUUGAGGACUUACCUUUUGACAUGGAACGGAUUAAUCAAGAGUGAUGCGAGGUUGCUAUAUGGAACGGUGCCAUCAUCCGGAUGUAUCCGGCGUCUUCGGAUACUAGGCAUAUGGGGUAAGGUCAAUGGGGAACGGCGCGGUUUAACAAGAAGACCACUUGGUAUAUAAAAGAGCGCGGCAGCGAGGUUUGGCUGAAGCAAUAGGUAACUACCUACCACCAUGGCAAGCUUGCCCACGAUCGUACCUGAGCUUCCCACCCGCGCGGACACAAGCGUCGAUCCAGGGACUCCCUCAGUGCCUCGAUCUUGUUGGGUAGAGGCCUCGCUGGGGACUAUAUAUUGAGAUGAUGCUCGAACUCGCUGCCGUAUCGCGGCAAGUUCGGCCAUCGAUCAACAUUUCGGGAUCGGGAACUCGUCAGGCACUCGGUCGUGUCUCGUGUCUCAGAAAACUGAGGGAGAUCCAGCCUCGAGCCAGCGCGCCAGCCAAGCACCUAAGCUCGAGCCAAACCAAACUUUUUGGAAGGGGUGGGU